AUGGCCUCCGUUAUUGUCGUUGAAAACGAGAUCAAGGACUCUGUCGAGGAGUUCGCCCAGAUCAUCAACGCGGUCCAGCAGAACAACACUUUCCUGGAUGCCUUGAAAACCCACUUUGACGCCGUUGGACGCAUCUCCAACAAAGAAGCGUUAGCCAACGAGAUCUGGACCGUGGCCAAGCCAGAGAUCUUGACCAAAUUGCCCGACAGAGAGUUUGAGCCUGUUUUCUACCUUCUCGCCUACCUCACGCUGGAGUUGAAGCAGAAGCUGUUUGAGACGCUUUUGCAGAAGGACGGUGAGUUGAUCAAGCUCCUAAUUGCCUCCACGCCAGCCCAGAAACCGCUGUUGAGAGACAGACGCUCGCUCAAGCCCACCACCGUCUUGUCGGUGUUGAACACGUUUUUCAACUUCUUGCCUGCCCUGAGCGCCACGAGGGUCUACUUCAUCGAGUUGAUCUUGAAGAUCGUCACCGACACAGACAUUGACUUUGCAUUGAUCCAGAGCUCGAUCGGCGGCUCCUUGGUCCAGUGGCUCGCCGCUGCCGGUGCCCUGGACGCCCAGAUCAAGAGCAUUUUCUGGCAGUUCAUUGCCUUGGACAAGCAGUAUACGUUAGAGUCCUUGCACUUGAUCAAGAAGUUCACCUCCCAGCACCCACUUUCCUUGGACGAGCUCCACAAAUUGAUUGCUUUCGCUUUGGCAUCCUCUGUCGUUGACGUGACCUUCUUGGUUAACAACAACGUGGCCCAGGCCUUGAAAGAACAUGCCUCUGACGAGCAGGUGAGCAUCUUCGACAAGUACACCAAGGGAGAGCUCAUCAGUGCCGUUCCCUCGUCGAUCUCGAGCACCGUUGUUGCCAAAUCCAAGGUUCUCGCUUUGACGAGGUUCUUUGUCGAGAGCGACAAUGCCGGCAAGAACGCCUUCAAAUACAGCGACAUCCCCAACGAGCUAGCCGCCUCGCAGGCUGAAUUCGAGAAGUUGUUGAUCGACUCGAUCAAGGCUGGCGUUAUCGAGGGCAAAAUGAACCAGGUGGACCAGACUUUCAACUUGGUGAGAGCAAACAGAAUCGUUUUGGCUGGCGACAAGCAGCAGCUUGCGCAGGACUUGAACACGGUGAAAAAGGCAUUGCUGGAGUGGAGACACUCGUUGCACAACAUCAACGAGAUUGUGCGUGACGCCAAGGACAACAUUGUCAACAACAACCUGGGCAAUUAA